AUGGUUGGCGUCCCAGGAAAAAGCAAAGGCUGCAGCACCUGUCGCAGGCGCAAAAAGGGUUGUGAUCAGAAGCGUCCAGUUUGUGGUCAAUGUGUCGCAAGUGGCAAUAUCUGCGGUGGCUACGAUCGCGAACGUACCUUUAUUCUGCAUCCCGCCAGCAAAAAGGUCGAACAUGCCAUCUUUGUCGCUCGUACUCGGCCCCCUAUCGCUCCUCUUCCGGGCUCAGUCAACCGGGGAGCGGUCGAAUCGCAGUGCAAGAGUCUAUUUUGGGACCUAUAUAUGCCCCAGGGAGAUGCAGCAUGCCGAGAUGACUUUAUAAUCCGGUGUGGCCAUCCCAUGAAUUGGACAGAAGUGUUCCAAAGUGUCUCAAAACAUGAUGUUUCCCUGGCAGAUGCCUUUUCAGCUUUAAGCAUUUCAAGAGUCGGUCAGGGUCACAAAGAUGUCCGUCUUGUUCACGAAAGUGCAAAGCUUUAUGGGAAGGCGCUCAAAGAGCUCCAGCUCGCUCUCUUCGACCCCGAACGGAUGUAUUCCGACCAUAUCCUCAUGGCGUGUAUGCUGUUAGGGCUUUACGAAGUCUUUGAGGGGCCGGCAUUCAAUUCGCGCAGUUGGGUGUCACAUGCCACGGGAGCAGCUCGACUGAUUCAGCUUCGUGGUGCCAGGCGCCAUCAGACUUGGAAUUCUCAUCACCCCUUUUUGGCCUCGAGAAUUCCCACAAUCUAUGCUGCGAUUUUACAAAGAAAGGCCACGUACUUGGCUACUGAGGAAUGGCGAACGAUACCCUGGGAAUUCCAGCACAGGACAUAUUUCGAUCGGAUGGUAGACCUUGGUACCUUCAUUCCAGGCAUCUUGGAGAAGUUUGACAUUCUUCAGGAGUACGAUGUUGACACGACUGCUGAGCUUGCUGCCCUACUGGAGGAAUGCAGCGAACUACAGAGAAAAAUGAACAAAUGGAGAGAUGGCACAAAGAAGGGUGCAUUGCCACGAAUCGUCGAACAUGAUCCAGUUGAACAGCCCGCUUAUCCUUUUGCCACAGACCUGUGGUUCGAAAACCACCUCUUCGCCCAUGCACGUCUGGUCUAUCAUACAUGUUCGCUGGCCUUGAGCCAAGUGGGCAAUGAGAUUUUGCAGUCGCUCUAUCUUCGGGAUCAAAAAAGACUGAAAACUAUGGAUGCACCGUUCGAGGGGCUAUUCGAUGCGGAUGGUCAAGCAGCCAACGUCUGCCGGUGUGUUACCUAUUGCCUGCAACCUGAAAUGGGAGCCUGGGGCGCCAACAUUAUCAAUUUCCCAGCAAAUCUUGCUCUUGCGUACUAUCAGAAGACGGGUAACACAGCGGCUAUCAACUGGCUUGAAAAGGCUUUCCAAAGCACAAAAUCGAGAGGACUCCACGUGGAGAAUGUCUUCGAUGUGAUUCUGCCUAGUCUUCGAGAUCGAGACGAUCAAAUGCGAUUUUUGAAACGAGAAUCUAGUACUGAAUCGUCGGAUAGCAGUGAGCACUCGCCAGCUUCGAAUCCUAGUGUUGUGAGUCACACACUCUCUCAACACAGUCUAUCGAGCAAUGCGACGACUAUUUUCGUCUAUGAAGAUCCCGCCAAAGACUACGAUACCGGCUACGAACCCGAUUGA